UUGCUUAUGCUCCUCAACAGCAGUCCUCAAAACCCUCGCUUGAGGAUUUUCUCUUCCUGAUCGCUCCUCUCCCUCGCUCUCUAAAACUUCUUCUUCUCUCUCUCUCUCUCCGUCAUGGAAGACGACGAUGAGUUCGGAGAUCUCUACACUGACGUCUUACGGCCUUUCACGGCGUCGUUGCAAUCCGAACAGCCGCCACCUGUUGCGCACAGCCUGGGUGGAGGAGGUGGAGCAGCAGCAGAAGCAUCCAAGGCUACUGAAACGUCGGCGUUUCAAACCCCCCGGAUCGAUCCCAAAGUCGAUGAAGAUGAUAGGGGGAUCAUAUUCGGAGCUCAGAAAUCGAAUUGUGACCCGAAUUUGAGUUCCGGUUCUUCUGUUAAUGUUCAAGAGAAAACCCUAGCUACUCAACCCGAAGAGAAACAGCCCAGGCCCAACAGCUCGGAUUUUAAUCUGAGUUUGAAUCCACAAUCAGGACAGUCUGGGGGUUCGAUUGGGGUUGGGGUUGGUGCAAACGAAUCGGAUUUGGGAGCCAGGGUUUUUGAGAAAAGUGAUGUAAAAUCACGGGAUUGGGCUUUUGGGGACUCGACUUUCACGGAUGAAGCUAACAUUGAUGUUGUAGUGGAAGAGAGGGAUGAUAAAGACGAUGAUUUGGUGCAAAAAGAUGAAAAUAUUGAUAAGCCUAUGGGUAGAAGUGAAAAUUGUGGGAGUUCUGUGGUUGAAGCAGGAGGUUCAGAGCACAUGAUUCCGGGGCUGUCAAUUCCAGGUGUUUCAGGAGUCCCAGAGACUUGUGGUGACAAGGCUUUAGAUGACGAAUGGGAUAGUGACAGUGACGAUGAUGAUUUGCGCAUUGUGUUGAAUGACAACAAUCAUGGACCUAUGGGAAUGGACAGAAUGGGAGGUGAUGGUGAUGAUGACGACGAUGAUGGGGACCGUUUGGUUAUUGUAGCUAACAGUGAUGAUCCCAGUCAUCAACCAAUGGCUGAGGAGCAAGAAUGGGGUGAAGAGCUGGGAAAUUCUGCUGAUGGGGAGAGGAAGGAGGAUGCAGCAAAAGUGAAUGUUGGACCAGGAUAUGCGCCAAAGAUUGGGUACAGCAAUCAUGGGUACCACCAUCCAUAUCAUUCACAGUUUAAGUAUGUGAGACCUGGUGCUGCACCAAUUCCUGGAGCUCCUCCUGUUGGUCCUGGAGGAACGCCUGGUCAAGUUCACCCACCAGUCAAUACCAGCCUUGUUGCUGGACGUGGAAGAGGAGAUUGGCGACCACCAGGUAUGAAAGGUGCUUUAACAAUGCAGAAAGGUUUUCCGGGGUAUAGUGCCUGGGGAAGCAAUCCAUCAGGGCGUGGAAUUGGGUUGGACUUCACCCUUCCAUCACACAAGACCAUAUUUGAAGUUGAUAUUGACAGUUUUGAGGAAAAACCUUGGAGACUCCAAGGCAUUGACAUGUCAGAUUUUUUCAACUUUGGCUUGAAUGAAGAAAGUUGGAAAGAUUAUUGCAAACAGCUGGAACAACUUCGGCUUGAGUCAACUAUGCAGGGAAAAAUUCGAGUUUAUGAAAGUGGGAGGACAGAACAGGAGUAUGAUCCAGAUCUUCCACCUGAGCUUGCUGCAGCAGCCGGUAUUCAAGAUAUUCCAUCUGAAAAUGCAAAUCUUGGGAAGACUGAAGCUGGUCAAAAUGACUUAGCAAGAGGAUCUAUGCGUAGCAGGCCACCAUUGCCCAGUGGAAGGCCAAUACAAGUGGAAAGUGGUUCUGGUGAUCGCCUCCCAUCCAUAGAUACACGACCACCAAGAGUUCGUGAUUCUGAUGCUAUUAUUGAGAUAGUCUGUCAAGGCAGUGCUGAUGAUGACAACAAUUUGGAACAAGGAAAUCAACCAUCAAGAGAGGGUAUAAGAGGAGGUGAUGAAAUUGGAGUUCUCCAGCAAGAAGAUACUCAUGUGGAUGGUUUCCAGCAUGCUUAUAAUGGUUGGAAGAGAGAAUUUGGUAGCAGAAGAGCAGACUUUAAUUCUGGACCUUAUGACAAGAGUCGAAGUGAUCGAGUUGUGAUUCUUCCUUCAGAAGAACCUGAUUCAUAUCAUCCUGAUUCCAGGGGACAGACAUCUGUGUACCCUGGCAGGAAGCAUGCUGUUGCACAUGACUCGAAUAGGGAAAAGGGAAGAGCACGCUGCAGAUCCUCUGAUAUUGGUGCCAGUGAAAGUCCAAAGGAUAAACAGAUAGAUGCUGAUAAUCAGAGGGAAGAUUCACUUAGUGUUGGUGAUAGGCGAAGUCCUCUUUCAUCAUCUCCUGUAUCAAAUAGAUCAGUGCAGGAGUCGGGUGUUGAAAAUAAUGAUAAUCUGCAUGAUGAGUUAGUUCCAGCGCAGAAAAAUUCUGGAAUGGAGAGGGGUAAAAUCUCUGUCGAUGAAAGAACCAAUUGUGAGAAAAUGAAGGAUGACAGUGUAAUUAAUACUGCUAAAAAACAUAAGCUCAGUUCACAACUUGAGGAGCCAUCUCCUCAAGAAACUGAUGGUGGAGAAGAUUCAAAGGCAGCAAGAAGUAGUGAAAACAGCAAAACAAGGUCCGGAAGCAGCAAAGACUAUCAUAAAUUACAUGAUGGUCUUGAGGAAGAAGUUCAAGAUGAACGUUUUGCACAUGUGGAUGAUACGAGGCAAACAGGUGGAGAAGAGGAUCGAUUACGAAGAAAAGGCCGUGAUGAGAAAGAAACAGAGAAACACCGAAUGAUAGUGAAAGGGAGGGAAGAUUCUUAUUUGCGCAAAGGAUAUGAUUCUAGCUCAGCCCAUCAUUCACACACUAAAACAUCCAUUGCAGACAGGCGUAAAGAACGUGAUUACUCUGAUGUGGCCUGGCAACACAGGGAUGACGAUUUGCAUGGGAGAAGGUCUAAAGUGGAAGACUCGCGAAAGAGAGAGCAUGGGGAUGAAAUUGAAUCCAAGCACCGGAACAAGAUUCGAGAUAUUGAUAGGAGUGAAAGAGAAGGACGCCAUCCAUUAAGGAAGCAACUUGACAAUGGCAGUUUGAGGCCAGAUCAUGACAAAGAUGCAGGAUCACGGCACAGGGAAAGGGAUGAUUUGAAGAAUCGAUAUGAUAAUAUAGAUGAUCGUCACAGCAAAAGAAGGAAGGAAGAUACAAAAUUAAGUAGGGAACAUGUGGAUAGGGAAGAAACUUUGCAUUCCCGUGGAGAUGGCACCCUACGCCGUAAGAGAGAGAGAGAUGACAUUUCAGAUCAACGGAAGCGAGAUGAUCAAAGAUUAAGAGAUGAUGAUCAGCACUAUGCCAGGUACAAAGAUGAGCCAUUGUUUCAGAGUGAGCGGGGUGAGAGGCAUAGGGAGCGUGAUGAAUGGUAUAGGCCUAAGCAAUCCCAUGAUGAAAUACUGUCAAAGAGGGACAGGGAUGAAGGGCGUGGUGGAUUGCGGGUGGGUCGAGCUGCUGAAGAGAAAUCAUGGGCUGGCCUUUCUAGGGGGAAAGAUGAGUACAAAGGUUCUGACAGAGAAUACCAUUCAAAGGAUGCAGGGAGGCAUGUUGAGCAUCUCAAACGAAGGGAACGAGAUGAAAAUGGAAGUCCUUCACGACAUAGGAGCCGUGAAGAUGGAUAUGGACGGGGGCACCAACCUAGUACUGAUGAGAGGAGAGCUAGGAAUGAAAGGGUAAGCACUCGUCAAGAUCAUGCUGCAUAUGAGUCAGAUAGUUCCAAGGUUCAUGAAAAGAAACGUAAAGAGAAUUCAACAAGAGAUAAAGUACCUGAAGCUGGUGAUAAGAACUCCUUUCUUCCUUCAAACCUAAAUGAAGAUGAUCGCAGUGGAAAUGCUAGUGAGACGGUGAGCUUGAAGCGUAAAAUUGAAAAAGGAAGUGAUGAGAAUGUGCGUCAAUCUUCCAAAAAACAUAGGGAAGACGCUUCUGAUGAUGAUGAGCAGCCAGACUCGAGGAGAGGACGUUCCAAAUUGGAAAGAUGGACAAGCCACAAGGAAAGAGAUUUUAGUGUCAACAUGAAGUCAUCUACUUCCUUAAAGAUAAAAGAGAAUGAUGCAUACAACAGCACUGGACCUUCCUCUGAUAGACAACAUCCUAAUGAACAUUCUAAGAAGGUGGAAGACAACCAGCAAUUGCAACAGAAUGAUAAAACUAGUGUUCCUGAGAUUAAUAAUGUUGAUGUGAAACGAAUGGAGGAUAAACACUUGGAGACUGUUGAGAAGUUGAAGAAGCGAAGUGAGCGAUUCAAGCUUCCCAUGCCUGGAGAAAAAGAAGCAACGACGACCAAGAAGAUGGAAAAUGAAACUUUUCCUUCUGGGCAAGCAGAGGCCCGUCCAGAUUCAGAGGUCAAGCCAGAGCGUCCACCACGGAGGAGGAGGUGGACCAGUAGCUAGAGUUGCAGACCAAUUACUGUUUUAAUGGGGUGCUGUGAUUGCUACUUUUUUUGAGCCAAACUCUGCUUGCAUUUAUUUCUCCCAUGCGGAUGCUAUUGAGAGCCUUGGACAGCUGCUGUUUCCAAAUGCCCUCAUUCAGGAUUUGGGGUUAUUUUGUACCUCCAAAAAAGGCUUUCCCGUUCUAUAGCCAUGUUUUAUUUGAUUUGAAUUUUACUUUGUUCAGAAAAGGAUUCAGAUAUACUAUAAAUGUAACAUUAUACCAGCCUGGUGACAAGGCUCACAGAAUUUGUACUCCUUUGAGUUUUACUUAGACAUCAAUUUAUACUGUUACACGAGUAGAUGUUGUUUCAGUUA